UUGUUUUUUUGUUUGUGAAAGACAAAGAGCAGCACAUCUCCCUCCUGAAGUCACCGAAAGUGAAGAACCAGCUUCCCGCUUUUUUACCGACGAAGAAAAAUAGUGAGGAUGAUUGAGAAAAUGCCGUCCGCUGAGCCCACCGUCAGCUCAAAACAGGUCGUGAAAGAAAUCAACGGAAUAACAACCCAGAUCGUCUGCACUGAGUUCAGCAACUACAUCUUCAUCGUGCUCUCUCAGUAUGGGAAAAUGGGGACCUUGAUAUCUGUCAGACCUGACACCCACUCUAAUGAUAUCAACAACCCAGGACUCUCCACCAAAGUAAUGCUGGGCAAAGACGAGCCGAUGACUCAUGUGUGUGCCAAACACCUGGCAAUGGAUGUGUCUCAGGAGUCUGGCAACAGACCAGUCCUCCUGGGUCUGUCGCUCAAGGAUUCCUCCCUUGAUUCAAUAAAUCAAAUGAAGGAGAUCAUACACAGUUGCAAAGUCUGGUAGUCAGCAAAAUGGGCACAAAGCCUGUACGCUGGCUGAAGUACAGGCCUUCUGGAUGCCCCCAAUGUCACAUUUUUAAACUGUGCUGUUUACUAGAUGCCAGUCUGUGAUUUAAAGAUUGAAAAAAAACUGAUGUUUGUACUGCAAGACAAAUGUAUGAAUCCAAUUUUAAUUGGCUCUGAUAUUUUUGAUUUGUUGAUCCAGUAAAGUUUUUUUGAACAUG